GAGGUGUAGGUCGCCCGCAGGGAUCCUCGCUCUGGGAGGGCCUCGAGGUGAGUGGCAGGAGGCGGCAGCGCUGACCCACCGGAGCCCAGCUCAGGGUUCUGUGCUCUGCUCCCGAGCUCUGGCCCAACUGCCCGGGGACAAGGACAGCUGUCGCGCCCGAACCUCCUCUGCAGACCUCUUCCGAGUGGGUGCGCUGAGCAAUGGAAGGCGCAGACCUGGCAGGGAAGAUCCUGUCCACCUGGCUGACGCUGGUGCUGGGCCUCAUCCUGCUGCCUUCGGCCUUCGGAGUGUCUCUGGGCAUCUCCGAGAUCUACAUGAAGAUCCUGGUGAAAACUUUAGAGUGGGCCACAUUACGAAUUGAAAAAGGAGCUGAGAAGGAGUCCGUUCUUAAAAAUUCAGCUUCUGUUGGUAUUAUCCAAAGAGAUGAGUCACCCAUGGAAAAAGGGCUCUCUGGUCUGCGAGGAAGGGACUUUGAGCUGUCUGACGUGUUUUAUUUCUCCAAGAAGGGAUUGGAAGCCAUUGUAGAAGAUGAAGUGACCCAGAGGUUCUCCUCAGAGGAGCUAGUGUCAUGGAAUCUCCUCACAAGAACCAAUAUAAAUUUCCAGUACAUCAGUCCUCGGCUCACUAUGGUGUGGGUGUUGGGCGUCAUAGUACGCUAUUGUGUCCUACUACCUCUGAGGGUUACUCUGGCUUUUAUUGGGAUCAGUUUGCUGGUUAUAGGAACUACACUGGUUGGGCAGUUGCCAGACGGCAGACUCAAAAACUGGCUGAGUGAACUGGUACAUCUGACUUGCUGUCGGAUCUGCGUGAGAUCUCUCUCUGGCACCAUCCAUUAUCAUAACAAGCAGUACAGACCCCAGAAGGGAGGCAUUUGCGUUGCCAACCACACCUCUCCAAUAGAUGUUUUGAUCUUGACCACAGAUGGAUGUUAUGCUAUGGUUGGCCAGGUUCAUGGUGGACUGAUGGGAAUUAUUCAGAGAGCUAUGGUAAAGGCUUGUCCACAUGUCUGGUUUGAACGCUCAGAAAUGAAGGAUCGACACCUGGUUACUAAGAGACUAAAAGAACACAUUGCUGAUAAGAAAAAACUACCCAUAUUAAUCUUUCCUGAAGGAACCUGCAUCAAUAAUACUUCAGUCAUGAUGUUUAAAAAGGGAAGUUUUGAAAUUGGAGGAACCAUACAUCCAGUUGCAAUUAAGUAUAACCCUCAAUUUGGGGAUGCAUUUUGGAACAGCAGUAAGUACAACAUGGUGAGCUACUUACUUCGCAUGAUGACCAGUUGGGCCAUCGUCUGUGAUGUGUGGUACAUGCCCCCCAUGACUAAAGAGGAAGGAGAAGAUGCAGUCCAGUUUGCUAACAGGGUUAAGUCUGCUAUUGCAGUACAAGGAGGACUGACUGAACUUCCCUGGGAUGGAGGGCUCAAGAGAGCAAAGGUGAAGGACACCUUUAAGGAAGAGCAGCAGAAGAAUUAUAGCAAAAUGAUUGUGGGCAACGGAUCUCCCAACUUGGAAUCAGACUGAGGCCACCCCUGAUGCUACCCUGUAGAUAAACUUGGCUUCCCAGAACUACCUUAGAAGUGAAGUGUUUUUUGGGGAGGGGGGUUUGUUUCAUUUUAUUAUUUUGUUUUGUUUAUUGUUAAUAUUUUCUACAGGAUGAUUGUCUCUACCUCUUUAUGCCAGAGGCAGAACCAAUAGGUGACCUGUUGUGGCUUUCCUGAGGCUGUUGGAGCACUAGCCUCAUGAAUUGUAAGGUAGUUGACUGAGGCAAAACAGAUUCUGCCUUUUGUAAAAUGAUGGUGUCAUUGGUGAUUGAAUGAAAUAUUUUUAUAGGGACAAGUGCUUCUAGGGAGUAUUUGAACCUCGUUCAUAGGGUAAAUUCUUGGAAACUAUCCCAACUAUCUGUGUCCACAAUUUGCUUUUUCUCACUUACACAACGGGGAUCACACAACAAUGUGAGGUUACCAUUGGGGUUCUGUGUUACCGCAAAGUUGAAAAGAAAAAUGGAACAUUGUAUUUUAGGGUGAAGGACAACUUUGUGGUGACCUGACCAGAAAGCAAAAAGGAAGUAUAAAUUAUUUUUUCACUAGUGUGUUGGGACAGGAAUACUAUUUGGUAAGCUUCACCAAAGAAAAAUUGAAUGGAAGUAAAGGUGUGUGUGUAUUUAUGUAAAGGAGACUCACAACACAUUUCAAGCAGCAAUGGUGAUUAAUAGCUUAGUUAGUUUUUCUUGUGUGUAUGCUAAAGAUCCCCUUCCAUCUACCAACUUGUUUGUUUUUGUAACCAAACACAUUUUCAAAUAUAAGGAACCUUAAAAAAAAAGUCACAUUGGGUAUCUUCAGUAUGAAUGAGUGAAAGCCGCCCCUCACCCUCCCACCCUUAGUGGUUUAUUCUCAGAUCUUCCUGGUCUUUUAAGCAGAAAAACAAGUGGUAUCAUUACCUUUUGGAAACUGAGCCUUAAAUAUUUUUAAAGGGGGGAAAUAAGCAUUCCCUAACUCAAAUAGCAUAAGCAAUGUUGGAUAGCAAUAUAAUACCACUGUAAACUCUUGAGUAUUAUCUCUCCUGGUAACCUUGUACAGAAUGUGAACUGUCUUACCAUGAACAUAAAUAAAUUUUAUAUUUUUAAA